CGCCCUGCAUCUCUGACGUGGAUGGGGGCAGUUGGGUGAGAGGCUCUGUGAGUUUAGAGAGGCAGCUAUAAGAGUUGUUGCAAUUGAAGGAUUGUACCACAGAGAGUGUUCUGCUGCUCUGACCUGGAGAGACCCCUGGAACUAUUUCACAGAAAGGUGAGGAAGAUGAGGAUGAAGCAGGUUUUGGCUCUGCUCUGGCUGAUCUCAAUGUGUGGGGCUCAGAAAUGGAAACAGGAAACCUCACGUUGGGACCCUAAAGCAGAAAACACCAAUGGCAAGACUUGUUCCAACAUGACUCAGGUACUGGACAACUGGAAAUUUGCUAUUCUAACCCAAGUCAAAGACCUGCUGAUCAAUGACCAUGCCUCUGUUCUCCCUGAAUAUAACAGGAUCCAGCCUCUGUCAGAUGCUCUGGGAGACCUCUACAGGCAGUUCAACAGCCUAAAAGACGAGCUGGGGAGCCUCACCACAAAGUUUGACAGAGUGGAAGCUUUCGUUGACGAUCUUAAGGAGGGCAGAUUCAGCCUGCGCCAGCGGCCAGUACAGAGGAUUCCCCCCAGCUUUGGUCUGAGGUCUCCACUGCGAGCACAGAUGAGGGCACCUGACAGGGGGCUAACAGUGAUCAGAACGAGGAGGAGAGGCCCACAGAAACCUUAAACCAUUUCUCCUAUGGCUUAUAAAUGCUGACGUAUUAAAGAAGAGUUAAUAUGUUUAUAUAUUUUUCAAAAUAAGAUGACUAUUUUAUAUUAUUUUAUUGAUGCGUGUGAUGUGAGAAUAGAUCACAUAAAUGAGACAGAUUUCAUGGUGUAUGGUGUCGAAAUGACCUAAGAAUCUUUUUAUCCUCACCUCUCUGUGUAAGGUCACAUUCAACCACAAUGUGGCAGCAUUUAUCACAUUAUCUUGACUGUCAUCCUGCUGCUUGCUGUGUAUCAAUAGCUGGACAUUAAGGAACAUAAUGCUGGAAAAGUAGUACAGGAGAAUUAUAUAAUGCAGUAUAUAGGUUAUCUAUUUCUUUGGUUUGUAUUUCAUUUGUUUACCCAAUAAAUUAUUUAAAAUUAA